AUGCCCCCUCAGCGUCGUUCGACGGGCAUCACUUUCUGGGGAAUGGUUGUGGGCGUGAUGGCCGCGCUGAAGCUCAAGGAAAAAUGGGAUGACUACAGACAGGUGCCUACAGAGCCGGAUGGCGAAACUGGUCCUCUGGCUCUGCACAGCCCCUCGGGCUCGACGCCAGACUUGCCAAUGCUCGAUACGAAUAUCCCUGCCACGAACACGAGGAAAACGCGCAAGAAGGCCGAUUGCUGUAUGUGCUGUGGGUUGCGAUGUGGCCUCUUUUGGAAGGCCUUCGGCAUUGUCUGCGCGCUGUUACUCGGCUGGCAACUCAUACAGUUCAUUAUCUGGAUGGUGAAGCCCACGCCCACCGGUCUCGAGAAUAUGCCCGUGUUCAGCAAGUCCCUGCCUUGUGCCAACGCUCCGCACCUGUACCAGGGCUCGGAGAAGAUCACCUACUCUGUACCUGUCGACUCUGAGGGCCAGCACUCUAUCGACCUCAGGGGAAGGCUGUUGGGCGACUACGAUGCCUCCGACGUCACAUACCAGAUGACUGUCCGCACGAACAACCAGGCCCUCCUCGAUCUCGUCACCGUGCAGUACCCGAGCAAGGAUGACGGCGAGAACCUCGCCAGCAGGCUGCGGCUCUCGACGCCACAGUUCGGCACCGAGUCUUGCAUGCGCUACGACAUGACCGUCUACGUCCCGUACACCGUGCGCCGACUGGACAUUGCGGCGCGCACGACGACACAGGUCAAGUUCGACGACGAGUCCAACCUCGACCUCGACUCGCUCAGCAUCCGGGUCACGGGCUCCGACGACACGAGCAUGAUCCUCCCGCACCGCGGCGUGCACGCCAGCGCACUCACCAUGGACCUCCAGCGCGGCUGGCUCGUCGGCGACGUCACCAUCGAGGACCAGACCACGCUCUCGACCGCGCGCGGCGACGCCGCGCUGAACGUGCACGUCUUCCCCGCGCCCUCCACCGCGGAGCCCCCCGCCGACGCGCACCUCACGACCCACCCCGGCCACCCGCACCGCCCGAUCGACAGCACCCACCGCGUGCAGGGCACGGGCGACCUCUACCUCACGUACAAGGACGCGGCGUUCAGCGGCACGGUCGACCUCGCCACGCGCUCGUUCACUGCCUCCGGCCCCUUGCACGACGCGAUCCCGCGGAUCGCCGACCAGCUCCCGUGGGUCGGCGAGAAGGACGGCGCGGACAAGAUGGUCGUCGAGUCGAAGAACGGAUGGGUCGGCCUGUACUUCUGAUCUGUCCGCUGUGUGCUGCGUGGAUUUCCUUUCUUCUGGGUUUAUGGACGAUGCUGUGGACUGAGACUGUUCUCUGAUGUGUUGUAAUGUGGUGAUCGUCGACAGAAAUCAAUUACUAACAUGUCCGGACUCGUGACUGUAAAAGUCUCUGAAUUAUCGAGGGAAUGAUCUCUACACCAGGCGGA